GCCUUCCUCCUCCUCCUCUCGCCGCUGCUGCCGCCACCGACGCCGCCGCCGCCGCCGCCUCCGGUCCGCGCGGCCUUGGGAGGCCGGGUCCCAGCCGGCGCGCGCCGCGCCCUGUGUCCCCGGGUGGGGCGGAAGACUCGCCCUUGACCCUCCCGCGGGGACUCUCCGUGGUGCGGCGGCCCUGGGGCGCCUUCUUAGUAGCCCGGGACUGAGUCCCCUCCAGUCGAGGACCCUCUUACUGACGGGCGGGGGACGCCUGCCGCUGUGUCUCCCCCACACCGAGUCCCUGCCCUGCCGCCCCCCACAGCCACACGGCGGCGGAGAGCUUCACCGCAGCGUUCGCCCAGCUCCAGAACCUUCCGACCUCUGCCGGUUCCUGCGGGCCUCUCCCGCUCCCCGGUGCACCCUCCCCGGGAGGCGCCGCAGACCCGGACAGCCUGGGCAGGCGCGGUGCCCUGGGUCCCUGCCGAAUCACCCCGAAUCACCCCUUCCUUCCCCCCUCCUCAGCCCCCAGUCCCUUGUUUUCACCCUCUGCUCCUCACCCCCCUUGUCACCUCUUGGAGCCCCCUCCUGACCAGCGGCCAGCGGGUACCCCCUCCCCCAUGAUGUGAGCCCCUUGAACCUGUGAUGCUGUGGCUAGCCCUUGGCCCCUUUCCUGCCAUGGAGAACCAGGUGCUGGUAAUUCGCAUCAAGAUCCCAAAUAGUGGCGCGGUGGACUGGACGGUGCACUCCGGGCCGCAGCUACUCUUCAGGGAUGUGCUGGAUGUGAUAGGCCAGGUUCUGCCUGAAGCCACAACUACAGCAUUUGAAUAUGAAGAUGAAGAUGGUGAUCGAAUUACAGUGAGAAGUGAUGAAGAAAUGAAGGCAAUGCUGUCAUAUUAUUAUUCCACAGUAAUGGAACAGCAAGUAAAUGGACAGUUAAUAGAACCUCUGCAGAUAUUUCCAAGAGCCUGCAAGCCUCCUGGGGAACGGAACAUACAUGGCCUGAAGGUGAAUACUCGGGCUGGACCCUCUCAACACAGCAGCCCAGCAGUCUCAGAUGCCCUUCCAAGCAAUAGCUUAAAGAAGUCUUCUGCUGAACUGAAAAAAAUAUUAGCCAAUGGCCAGAUGAAUGAACAAGACAUACGGUAUCGGGACACUCUUGGUCAUGGCAAUGGAGGCACAGUCUACAAAGCAUAUCAUGUCCCAAGUGGCAAAAUAUUAGCUGUCAAGGUCAUACUACUAGAUAUUACACUGGAACUUCAGAAGCAAAUCAUGUCUGAAUUGGAAAUUCUUUAUAAGUGUGAUUCAUCAUAUAUCAUUGGAUUUUAUGGAGCAUUUUUUGUAGAAAAUAGGAUUUCAAUAUGUACGGAAUUCAUGGAUGGGGGAUCUUUGGAUGUAUAUAGGAAAAUCCCAGAACAUGUCCUUGGAAGAAUUGCAGUAGCAGUGGUUAAAGGCCUUACUUAUUUGUGGAGUUUAAAGAUUUUGCAUAGAGACGUGAAGCCCUCCAAUAUGCUAGUAAACACAAGAGGACAGGUCAAGCUGUGUGAUUUUGGAGUUAGCACUCAGCUGGUGAAUUCUAUAGCCAAGACGUAUGUUGGAACAAAUGCUUAUAUGGCGCCUGAAAGAAUCUCAGGGGAGCAGUAUGGAAUUCAUUCUGAUGUCUGGAGCUUAGGAAUCUCUUUUAUGGAGCUUGCUCUUGGGAGGUUUCCAUAUCCUCAGAUUCAGAAAAACCAGGGAUCUUUAAUGCCUCUCCAGCUUCUGCAGUGCAUUGUUGAUGAGGAUUCGCCCAUCCUUCCAGUUGGAGAGUUCUCGGAGCCAUUUGUACAUUUCAUCACUCAGUGCAUGCGAAAACAGCCAAAGGAAAGGCCAGCACCUGAAGAAUUGAUGGGCCACCCGUUCAUCAUGCAGUUCAAUGACGGAAACGCCACUGUGGUGUCCAUGUGGGUGUGCAGGGCGUUGGAGGAGCGGCGGAGCCAGCAGGGACCCCCAUGAAGCCGCAGUGGGGAGCUGAAAGCCCAGGACUGGUCACCAAGGAAAACCACCCACCUAACACCCUGUCCGUAUGCUACCUGCACCAGAAGAGCUUUGCUGGGCCCAGGCUUCCCUGCCCUCGCCUUCCUCUCUGCCAGCAGGUGGCCUUACCUGGGGAGCCCCACAUGUGGCCCGCCCCACCAGGCCCUCCCUACACCUUCUGGUCUGGAGGCGCCGGCUCUGGCAGGGGAUAAAGGGUGGGGCAGCGAGAAUGGAGGCGCCCGGGGCCCCUGCCCACUUCUAUUUUCCUAACCUUUUCUCUGUAAAGGGUCAGGCCCGUCAGCAACACUGACGGGAAUAAAAGUAUUACUGCUUUGUGACAGCCUCUG